UAAGCUUAUUAUCUUAAAAUUUAAACAUUUAAAUAAUUGUUUUUUAAAUUUUUGGUUUCUUUAACAUAUAAAUCAUUAACAUGCAUUUAAAAACUAUACUAAUCUUUAGUUCAGUAUGUUUUUUUACCGGCACAAUAAGCCAGGGACUUAAUGCAAAACAAAUACAUUACUUUCAAAAACUGGUAUGGAAUCAUUUUGAUAUCAAAAGUAUAAAACAUGGUUUCUCGUGUAUUGGUAUCGCAGAGAAUUACAAUGAUUGUACUUUGGAUGAAAAUAUAAAUAACGCAGUGCCUCCCAGUGUAACUGCUCAAGGACUCUUCAAGAUUUUGAAUUGUAUGGUUAAAGUUGACAAGUGGGGUGAUAAUAAAGAUGUGGCAAAGAUGGAUAUAAAUAAUGUUGAAGAUAUCUCAAAUAAAUUCAAAGAUUUUGACAUAGACACUGAUGGUUUUUUAAAUAAAAAAGAAAUCUCAGAAUUCAUUAAGCAUUUUGAACUCAGUUCUUUAACUAGAAACGAAUUAACACAGGAAGACUAUGGGGAUGUUAUAUAUGAAUUCACUCAUUUGACCCCUAUAACUUGCGACUUAAGUCAAGUAAUGUUAAUUUUAUUAGAGUACAAGGCCAUAUUUGAUAACAAAGAAAUUGAUAAAAUUAAAGAUUUCAAUGACCUUAUUCAAAAGGUAUACGAAAUUUCACAAGGUCAUCCACCAGAAAAUUUUAAAUCAUUUCACGAAGAAUAGAUAUGUUGUAUAACGUAAUAUUUUAUUAAAGUUUUCAAAAAUCCAUGUUUUUAUCAAAGAUUCUAAAAUAAAAAUGUUUAGAAAUUC